AAUGGGCGCCAUACGAUGGACUCGCCACCAGCGAACGAACCGUUGACAGCAACCGGACACCCUUCGACGAACGGACAUCAACCGGUCAACGGACACGCUUCACCCCCGCCUCCACCUCCGCCACCUAUGAAUGAGUACGCGCGAACACCAUCACCGAGGAUUCAGAUUGAUUACCAGAACCUCCUCCAAUCCUGCCGCGUCGUCCUCGACGGCGCCCGCGCCCUCCAAUCCGACUUCACCGCCGACGUCCACUUCAAACCGCCCAUUGAAGCCCUCGAAACCAUGUUCGCCGCCGCGCAUGCGAACGUGCGCAUGAUGCGCGGAGAGCGGGGCGUGCAGUGGGAGGUUGAGGUCAACCGGGUUGGCGCGGGUGUGAAUGGGAGGGAAGGUGCUGCGAACGGGCGAGACGGUGGCGUAAAUGGGCGAGACGGGCGGGAAGGUGCAGCAGUUGGGCGAGAAGGAGGGGCGCCACGAAAUGGACGGGAGCCCACGACGCCGGUGAAGGUGUCCUCGUCGCCAGAGGUAGCGAAGACGGCGUUGCCGGAAGCGUCAAGAGGGUUGCCGCCACCCCCGGCGGUGGGGCAGUCGCAACUGAUUCAUGCGGUGGAGGGCGAGGGGCAGACGUGUUUGGGCUGCGACGCGACGACGACGCCGGAGUGGAGGAGGGGGCCGAUGGGACCGCGAACGCUGUGCAACGCUUGCGGAUUGGUGUACGCGAAGAUGGUGAAGAGGCGCCAGAAGGCGGAGGGGCGGGAGAAGCAGGACAUGUCCGAGAGCGACGAGGAGGACGGAAUGGACGUGGACUAGCGCGCAUCUGGGUCUCCACAGGAUUUACCUUCCCCUCGUCGUCUUCUUUCUCUCUAGGCUGCCUUUGGUUCGCGCACCUCGCUCGCGAGUGAUCCUUCCCUGGCACGACCUCUAUACGAACGGCUGGUGCAUACCGUCGGACGGUGGAACAGUAUUUUCUCGCGCCUACACAUAUUCUACGAUUCCAGUGGUACUUCGGUUUGGUCUGUAUACACUCGUCCUCGCUAUCAGCCUGUCCUUCCACGAGCUUCCUUUACGAUUCUGCGUUCAUCCGUCUGCUUCGUUGUCUGUUUCGCCCUCUCCUGUGCCAUCUUACCAUAGUACAUACACGCUGUCAUCUCUUAUUAUCUGCAUAAACCUACUGUCAUACUUACUUCGUACUUACUACAUACUUCGCUCGCCCGAUACCCCAUCUGUUGUCCAGUACAUACA